GGAAGUAGCGGAGAAGGGGUGGGAGGAGAAAGCAGGAGGUGGGCAGGGUUAGGCAAUGAGAGCAACGUGUCGGAGAAACAAAACCGAGCGACAAGAUCGGGCCGACCCGAUGGAAAGUUAAGGGUCCCGCCGAGUCCAGAGCCGGGCAGGGGGGGCGCCGAUGGCACGGCACUGCACUGACGCUCCUGCUCACCCUCUGGAACUCUGCUGGAAAUCAUUCAGAUAAUGGAAAGAAGUUUCUGGAAAUGUCUCUGGGUCGGCUCUUGCGACGUGCUUCCUCAAAGGCCUCGGACCUCUUGACCUUAAAUACCAGCUCAGGAGGCUCCCGUUCGGUGUUGGAUGGAGAGAUUAUCUACUCCAAGAACAAUGUCUGUGUCCACCCAUCUGAACUGCUGCAUGGCCUGGGAGAGCAUCAUCCAGGGUACCUUUGUAUCCAUAUGGAGAAGGACGAAUUGCUGGGCACCACCUUGGUUGUCACGUGGGUUCCCAAUUCUCGCAUUCAACGGCAGGACGAGGAGGCACUGCGCUACAUCACUCCAGAGAGCUCCCCAGUUCGGAAAGCCCCCCGCCGCAGAGGCAGGCACGGGCAGGGGCACUCCCAAAACCCAGGUGGAAAAAAAAGGCCCCAUGAAAAAGAGCAGAGGGAGAGGGGAACAAGACGAAGAGGUCCUGACUGUGACUCAGAGAGUGAAUGACGCUGUACACAUCUCCAGCCCCCUGAACGUGGAUAGCAGCAGUGACGGAAACCCUCCGACAAUCACCACGGCUCCCCAGGAGGAGGCGGAGUCCUGUGGGGACAAUAAUGUAGAGACUGGCGAGGACGAGGGCUCCUGUGACCUCUCCGCCGACGACGUCAGUAGGGACAGCACAAUGGGCUCCGACUCGGACACCUUCUCGUCCCCCUUCUGUCUUUCUCCGGUCAGCGAAGCCUUGGGCGAGAGCGGCAGCUCGGUCUUUCUGGACAGCGAAAGCAGGGAGACCUGUGAUGACUCCAUGACUCUUUCUGCAAGCUCCGCCUCCAGCCUGGACAACAACACGUCCUUCCUGGACAUCAGCAGCCAAUCACACAACAGCAAGUGGGAGGAGCAGCAGAAGGUGUUGGCCCUGGAGCAGCUGUGUGGAGUUUUCCGGGUGGACUUGGGCCAGAUGAGGUCCUUGCGACUCUUCUUCAGUGACGAGGCCUGCACAAGUGGCCAGCUAGUCAUCGCCAGCCGGGAGAGCCAGUAUAAAAUCUUUCACUUUCACCACGGUGGCCUCGAUAAACUCUCUGAAGUUUUUCAACAAUGGAAGUACUGCAGGGAGACUCAGCUCAAAGACCAGGUGGCGGAUGAGAAGACCUGCAUGCAGUUUUCUAUUCGGCGCCCCAAUCUGCCUUCCACGGAAACGCAUCCCGAGGAGAACAUGUACAAGCGUCUGGACGUCUCCACCUGGCUCAAGCACUUCAAUGAAGAUGGGCAGGUGGAAGAGGAGUACAAGCUUCGCAAGGCGAUUUUCUUCGGUGGCAUAGAUCCAUCCAUUCGUGGAGAAGUGUGGCCCUUCCUGCUUCGCUACUACAACUGUGAAUCGACGUCAAAGGAGCGAGAAUCGCUGAGAGUGCAGAAACGUUUGGAGUACGAGGAGAUCCAGCAAAGAAGGUUGUCCAUGACUCCAGAUGAGCACAAAAUGUUUUGGAGGAACGUGCAGUUUACAGUAGAUAAAGAUGUGGUGAGGACCGACCGGAGCAAUCAGUUCUUCAGAGGAGAAAACAACCCCAACGUGGAGAUCAUGAGGCGGAUCCUGUUAAACUACGCGGUAUAUAAUCCAGAGAUGGGUUACUCCCAGGGGAUGUCGGACCUGGUGGCCCCAAUUCUGACAGAGGUCCAAGACGAGUCGGACACGUUCUGGUGCUUCGUGGGACUGAUGCACAACACCAUCUUUGUCAGCUCUCCUCGCGAUGAAGACAUGGAGAAGCAACUUCUGUACCUGCGAGAGCUGCUGAGGUUAAUGCACCCGCGUCUAUACCAGCACCUGGUGCAGCUGGGUGAAGAUGGGCUGCAGAUGCUGUUCUGCCACCGCUGGAUCCUCCUCUGUUUCAAGAGGGAGUUUCCUGAUGCCGAAGCUUUACGCAUUUGGGAGGCAUGCUGGGCGCAUUAUCAGACUGACUAUUUCCACCUGUUUAUCUGCGUGGCAAUUAUAGUCAUCUAUGGAGAUGAUGUCAUUGAGCAACAACUUGCCACCGACCAGAUGCUGCUUCAUUUUAGCAACUUGGCCAUGCACAUGAAUGGGGAGAUCGUCCUCAGAAAGGCAAGAAGUUUGCUUUACCAGUUUCGCCUUUUUCCCAGGAUACCCUGCAGUCUCCACGACUUGUGCAAGCUGUGCGGCCCGGGAAUGUGGGAUAGCCGCUACAUCCCGGCUGUGGAGUGCUCUGGGAACCACCCUGAAUUGGAGAGCUGCCCGUACGGGGGAACCAUCGAGCAAACCUCCCAAAAGCAAGCCAAUGAGGGAAAACGGGGGUCCAAAACACGUGAUAUCUUUAACUUUCGAAAGUAGCUUAAACAUUUGGGCACCGCAAUCCCAACCUUUAAAAUCUGGACUAUUCUUCCCGAAUGUUUUGAGUUUAAAAAAGAAAACCAAAGGUCAUAUGGAGAGACUGAAAGCUUUUCAUUCCACCACAGUGCUUUUUAUUCGAGCAGAACGGGACGCGGGUUCAUGAUUCCGAGAAGAGAGAGGCUUACGGUAAACCCCACGUUCUCAGGUUUGGCAAGAAUGGAGACGCAUGAAGUGCAACAUUGAUGGAGUGAGGAUCGGAAAAACGUCACUACCCAAAGGGAGACGGCGCAAGGAAAAGUCACAUCACGUCACGGCCAUGUGCUUCAGUUUUGAUUGUUGAGUAACUUUCGGCGAAGCUUCUUUUAAAGCGUUGGGCCGUCGAGAACACGAUAUUCCUGUUUCUGCUGGCAGUUACACCUAAUUAUUUGCUUGUUUGGCCUGCAACUGUGUUUGGUGAACACGAACACUUUCUUCAAUGAAAAGGGUCCUGGAAUGACUUUUUCUCGUGUAAGUGGAAGUAAUAAACAGGGAUGGUUACGACUUUCGUAAUAAGAAACGGGCGAAAAUGUGUCGCCUUCGCCACACUACUGUGCAUCAGGGGACGCCGGUUGAAAGGUGCGUCCCAUUUGGACGAGUCGGCGGUUUUACAGAACCCGACUUGUACAGUCCACGGGUUUUACCUGCUAAUGUGUUAAUAAAUUACGAUAAAUCCGGGGAACAAGGGGGAAAAGUGCACUGGGGGAUAUUGUUCUGUACUGACAUCAGUGUGUCCUUUUUACGCCAUUAUCAUUAUUAUUUUUUUUUUCAACGAAUAAUUUUUAUUUUUUCUUGACAGAGCGUACUUGGCUUAAGGAAAUCAAGGGUAAUAUUAUCAGGAAAACUUGCACAAGCUUUUACGGAGAUGUCUGCUUUUACAGGUUACUGCUUGGUCAUUUUGAGUUAUGAUUUUGUAUUUCAUGCGGUUUUUCACUUUCGAUGAAGUAAACUUUAAAUACGCAAUAGACUGUCCCUUCUGUACGAGCAAAUCCGGUGUUCUCAGUUUGGACACAGGAAUUCUUUAUUUAGCUUUUGCGUUCACAUCAGAAGGAAGGGACGCGUAAAAAAGCAAGAAGCACAGAGCAACUGGCUUUAGACCUUUACGUUGUGCAAUAAAAAUAAAUAAAUGUGAUAUGAAGGAAAGAAUCCAAAGGGCUGGAUUCCAAGGGAAGUAAAUAAAGGAACAGCAAAUAUUCAAUCAAUCUUUGUAGGAUGAAUUAAUUCGCAAAAAAAAAUAUAUAUAUAUAUAUAUUCAGGGAAACACAAAUAGGAUGUGAAGGGAGAGGAUUCUGCUGAAAUUGUAUUCAAUAAAAUCUCACAAUUUUA